AUGGUGGGCUCAGGAAGUGUUGGAGGAGAUAGAAGCAAAGAUGCUGUAGGAAUGAUGGCACUUCACGAAGCACUUAGAAGCGUCUGUCUUAACUCCGACUGGAUUUACUCUGUUUUCUGGACCAUUCGUCCCCGACCGAGGGUCCGUGGUGGUAAUGGCUGCAAGAUUGGUGACGAAAGUGGCAGCUUGAUGUUGAUGUGGGAAGAUGGGUUUUGCGGAGGAGGAGGAGGAGGAGGAGCAAGAAGUGAAGAUGUUUGUCUGGAACCAGACAUUGAAGGUGAAGAUCUUGUGAGAAAAGCUUUCAGCAAGAUGUCCAUUCAGUUAUAUAAUUAUGGAGAAGGAUUGAUGGGUAAAGUUGCUUCUGAUAAAUGUCACAAGUGGGUAUUCAAAGAACCAUCUGAAUCUGAACCAAAUCUUGCUAAUUACUGGCAGAGUUCUUUUGAUGCUCUUCCUCCAGAAUGGACCGACCAAUUCGAAUCAGGCAUUCAGACAAUUGCUGUGAUUCAAGCUGGACAUGGACUGUUACAGCUAGGUUCUUGCAAGAUUAUUCCAGAAGAUCUUCAUUUUGUGCUGAGGAUGAGGCAAAUGUUUGAAUCAAUCGGUUAUCGAUCCGGUUUCUACCUCUCACAGCUCUUUGCUUCAAACCGAACCGGGGCUCCAUCUUCUUCCUCGGUUCCAAACCAGCAACCUCAGUCUCAAGCUUUUAACUGGGGAACACACUCUCCAUUGCUACCUUCCCCUAGUUUCCAAAACCAGUUACCUUCAUCAACAAGAUUCGGUUUCCUUCAAGAAACCAAUGCUCCUCCUCCUCCUCCACAGAUGCUUCCUCCAAUGGAAGAACACGAAGAUGACAUCAAAUGGCCCAACGGUUUAUCUCUGUUCAAUGCCUUGACUGGCCGUGCAGACGAAGCUAGUAGGCUUCUCUUUAACCAAGAGCAGAACCCCAUGAAUCUCGAGAACAACCAGAACGAGUUCUUGAGCCUUGAAAGUCAUCAAGAAAACCAUCCUAACAAGUUUAGAAGAAGCUAUACAUUGCCAGCAAGAAUGGACUCUUCUUCUUCAUCAACCUCGCUUGACCAGCAAUCACUGGAGUUUAGGAACAACUCUGGAACCAAUCCAGGAAUGUUCCAUGACGUUAUGGAGACGUUCUUGAGAUGA